AUGAACUUCGCAUUUCUGCUCAGGAUUUUUGUAUACGCCGGACUGUUUUUCUAUGUGAACCCAAAUCGAUAUGCAGACCAAAUGUAUGAAGACCUCCUGUACUAUUACAACAAAAACGUACGGCCUGUGAAGAAUGCAAGUGAAAGUGUCAAAGUGAAAUUUGGUUCAUCUCUGAUUCGUAUUAUUGAUGUUGACGAGGUAAAUCAGGUACUGACAACGAAUCUUUGGUUGGAGAUGCAAUGGUUUGACUAUCGAUUAAUGUGGGAUCCAGGCCGGUGGGGAAAGAUUCGGAAGUUACAUGUGCCGGUCGAUCAGAUAUGGAUUCCAGAUAUUUUAUUGUACAAUAACGCAGACGGAGAGCCUCAUAUCACAAUCAUGAGCGAUGCAAUUGUUUAUUACAAUGGUUUAGUGGUCUGGAAGCCGCCAUCAAUUUAUAAGAGCUUCUGUUCCAUCGACAUCGAGUACUUUCCCUAUGAUACGCAGACGUGUCGGAUGAAGUUUGGUGGUUGGACUUAUAACGGAUUUUUACUCGACGUCCGACAGCUUCCAACAACGGGAUGCGAAGUAGUUAACAAAGCUGAUGACGAAGGAGAAUUUCAGUUUUUGGGCAGAGGAAUGGAUUUGAGUGGUUACUAUCCAAGUUUGGAAUGGGAUCUGAUGGAACUGAAUUCUGCAAGACACGAGAAAAUUUAUGCUGGUUGUUGUGGUCAAGACUUCUACAUUGACAUUACUUUCAAAAUUGAGAUCCGACGAAAAACGUUAUUUUAUACCGUCAAUUUAAUGAUUCCGUGCAUGAUGUUUGCUAUUCUCACAUCUAUCGUAUUUUACGUUCCGCCAAUUGAGCACAAAAUGACAUUUUCCAUUUCUAUUCUGGUCACACUUACUGUAUUCUACCUCAUUCUAAUUGAUCUCGUCCCACCCACCUCACUGGUCAUUCCACUUAUUGGAAAAUAUUUGUUAUUCACCAUGUUUCUAGUCUCUAUUUCAAUUAUGUUAUCUGUUAUAUCACUGAACUUCUAUCGUCGUGACGGAUCCUCUUUUCCAAUGCCUCAUUGGAUGAAAGUGGUCUUCAUACAUACACUUCCAAGAUAUAUUUGCAUCAAAACAGCCGAAGAAGAUGAUGGCAGUGAUAGAGGGUCUAGUAUUUCAGAUAUCGGACCAUUUAUGGAUUCACGAAGACCGUCUCCAUUCUUUAUAACGGUGAAUGAACGUCAGCUGAAUGGACGGUUAUCUGAAUUGAAAAAGAAAGGAAUGCACCCAGAUCUCAUCAGAAAUAUGAUUCAAAAUGUGGAGUUUAUCGCGGAAUAUUUUAGUUCUUUGAAAAAAGAAGACAAGAUCUCGGAGGACUGGUCCUACGUUGCAAACGUUAUCGAUAGAAUCUUCCUCAUUAUUUUUUCUAUCAUGAAUGUUGUGGGAACUUGGGUGAUUCUUAUCAAUUCCCCGGCUUUGUUUGAUAAUCGGACACCACUGGCAAUUAAUUCCGUUGCUCGCCCGCUAUCCGGAGACACGUUCGAACAUUUUAUCAGCGAGAACUUCACCCAAAUUGCCUGGUGGGCCAGUACAAUCCAGAACAGCACCGCUACAUUGAGUGACAACGAGUUGUGCCCAAUACUGUAUCAAUGA